AUGGCUACAGAGUCUUCGGUUGAGAAUAAAGGUUCUCCGCAACACAUCGAAGAAGGCCGGGACGACCAAGCUCAUGCUCCAAUCAAGCUUGCCGCGAAUGCCAACUUGGCAAGCGAAGAUGAGCACCAUACGACGUUCCUACAAGCCGUCAAGCGGUAUCCGAAGGCGGUGGCUUGGUCAGCCGCCGUGAGUCUAUGUAUCAUCAUGGACGGUUUCGAUGUUGCGUUGAUGGGAAGUCUCUUCGGCUUCCCAGCUUUCCAGCGCAAAUAUGGCCAUCAAGUGGGCAACACUGGCAAGUACACACUUGAUGCGCAGUGGCAAGCAGCACUUGGAAUGGGGACCCCUAUUGGCAAUAUCAUCGGCAUCACUCUGAACGGCAUUCUCACGGAUCGCUUUGGGCACAAGCUGGUCAUGCAAGCAGGCUUGCUCCUGCUGACCGGCACAAUCUUCAUACAAUUCUUUGCGCCAAACGUGCAAGUCCUGUUUGUCGGCCAAGUUUUGUGCGGCAUUCCAUGGGGUAUCUUCUCGACUUUGGCGCCGGCGUUCGCAUCUGAGGUGGCUCCUCUUGUCCUCCGAAGCUAUCUCGAAACAUGGGUGGUUUCUUGCUGGGGCAUCGGACAAUUCCUUUCAUAUGCCGUCCUCUUCAGUCUUAAUACGCGCCUAGAUGAAUGGGCAUACCGCAUUCCUUUCGGCAUACAGUGGGCAUGGCCUGUUAUCAUAUUGCCUAUUGUUAGCUUCUGCCCUGACUCUCCGUGGUGGCUUGUCCGAAAGGGCCGUUAUGACCAGGCAAAGAAAUCUGUUCGGAGGCUGGUCUCGGCUAAGAAUGAAGACAUCAAGCAGGAACAGGCAGAAAUGGCUGUGGCUUUAAUGAUCGAGACGAAUCAACUCGAACGGGAGAUAAGUACAGGCACCACAUACUUCUCUUGCUUCCGAGGCAACGACCUGCGGCGGACAGAAAUAGCUGCUGUAUCAUGGGGCUCGCAAAUCCUGACCGGCUUCACCAUUCAAAACUACGCCAGUUACUUCUUUCAGCAGGCAGGCAUCAGCGCCAAUGAUGCUUUUAAGAUGGUACUCGGGACUGGAGCAAUCCACCUCGUCUGUAACCUCGCGUCUGCUGCGCUCACCGGAAACGUCGGCAGGCGCCCUCUCUACCUCGGCGGCUGCGUUGUCUUGUCUUUGUUGAUGUUUACGAUUGGCGGCUUGGCAUUUGGACCACUCAACACAACAUUCGGAAACAUCACAUCUGCGAUCUAUCUCAUUUGGUUUGGUGUUUGGUGUCUAACCCUCGGCCCGUUGCCUUAUGUUAUCAAUGGAGAGGUCUCUUCGACCCGACUGCGUGCUAAGACCCUCACGAUUGCCAGGGCCACGUAUGUGGUACUCAACAUCGUCAAUAGCGUGUCAGCCCCAUACAUCCUCAAUCCACAGAAGGCCAAUUGGAGGGGCAAGACUGGGCUUCUCACGGGUGGUCUGACGGUUCUCACAUUGAUUUGGGCAUACUUCCGUCUUCCAGAAACGGGUGGUCGAACAUACGAGGAGCUAGACAUUCUUUUUGCUGAAAGAAAUUUGUCGGCCAGGAAAUUCUCAAAGGCCGUGAUUCAUCGGAACAAUGGGACUUUCAGAGUCACUGGACCCCACGAUCAGGGAACCGGUUGA